CCCGCCCCCACUUCGUUGUGAGCCCGACGGCGCGCCGGCACUGGUCUUGGGAAUUGGCACGCUGGCUGGAACAGGAAGCCGCUGAUGCUGUAGAAAGCUUGAUCGGAAUGUUCUACGCUCUUCCCUUCUGACCGGAAACUUCCACAAGGCCCAUUUCGUACUCCAUUUAUUUCUAGACAAACCACUCCCCUCGGCUCCUCCUGUUAACGUUGGAUGAGCAUCGACUAAGCUUUCUGUCAACUGAAUACAGUCUGCAUUUUUUUAGGUUCUCACACCUGCAUAAUUGGAUAACCAUGUCCGAGGCCAACAAGUGCGUCCAUCAAGGUUGCGGCAAGGUCUACACCGACCCCGAGGAGGUCUGCCGUUACCACCCUGGACCCCCUGUUUUCCACGAAGGCCAGAAGGGAUGGAAGUGCUGCAAGCCGCGCGUGCUCACCUUCGAAGAGUUCAUGACCAUUGAGCCUUGUACCGAAGGCAAGCACAGUACCACCGAUCUUCCCCCCAAGAUCGAGAAGAACGAGGCCGAUCCAGCACUGCUCGAGUCUCUGGCCGCUACCCCUCCGCCACCGACCCGUACGCCCGUGCCUGUUGCGCAACAUGCUCCCACUCCUCCGCCGCCGGCGCCAGAAUCCGAUGAUGACGAGGAAGGAAUUGAGAUUCCGGAUGGCCGCGUGUGCAGGAGAAAGGCGUGCGGCGCGACCUACCAGAAGGGCGCCAGCCGCGAGGGCGAGAAGUGUGUACACCACCCCGGUGCUCCCAUCUUUCACGAGGGAAGCAAGGGGUACAGCUGCUGCAAGCGCCGCGUCCUUGAGUUUGACCAGUUCAUGAAGAUUGAGGGCUGCAAGACCAAGGAUCGGCAUUUGUUUGUCGGUAGCGGGAAGAAGGAGGCUGCGGCCGCAUCAGGAGGCGAGGAGAUCUUGGAGACGGUUAGAACCGACUUCUACCAGACCCCUUCGUCAGUCAUCGCAUCUUUCUUCCUCAAGAAGAUCAAUAAGGAUGCUGCCAAGGUUGAGUUCAAGCCCAACUCCAUUGUUCUGGAUCUGCCCACGACGGACAGCCCCGUAAAAAGGUACAAGACGGAGGUGUCGCUCUUUGGGCCCAUCGUCCCUGAGAAGUCAAGCUACAAGAUCCUCGGCACCAAGCUGGAGGUUACAUUGUGGAAGGCAGACGGCAGCUCUUGGCCGGUGCUACGCAGCGAUGACCGGCCAACAGGUGAGAUUUUGCAGGUCGGUCGAGCCGGAAGGGUGUAGUAAUUUAAAGGUUACAAGGGAGGUACCGGGCUAGAAAAAGAAAGCGAAAAAAGAGCGAGGGAAGCAUGCUAGGUUUCCAUCUGAUUGUGCCUCGAACCUUUCCUGCUCCGUGUGUUGUUUGUUUUCGCCGAGAGCGCCGCCAAGGAACGGGACGCGGAAGAGGUCAGCUUUUGGACCCGAUAAUGACUGCGGUGUAGGACGGCCUAGAAGCACAACCAGCGGCAGAGCACAAUUUCACUCGGAAGCCCAGAACGACGCCCAUAGACGCACGGGGUUCAUAAAAGCGUUGAUAUUGAUCACUCCCGGUUUCAAAGCAAUUAUCAAGGUAGGACAUACAUGGGUAAUGGUUCUCAGCAGCUACGGAGCAGUGGAGGUAGGCUAGAGGCCGCCUCGGAAGAUCAAGGACGGGAAGGACCCGGGACAAAUUGUACCAAGAAAUGGCAAGAUAUCGGAGAAACACCAAAGUCUACACUAGAAGAUCACAGGUAAUUGAGUUUGACUUAGUAGAGACUCGGCUGGUAUUAUAUCGUGUAGUAGGACGAGCGAUAUCGGUUACGUGCAAGUCGAAAACAUCUCUCUAUGCAAUAUAGUGUAUAGGUAUUCC